AUGGGUCGUCUUCAGGAGUACCAGGUCAUCGGGCGCCAUCUGCCCACGGAGUCCAACCCCGCUCCCAAGCUGUACCGCAUGCGUGUCUUCGCGCCCAAUGAGGUCGUCGCCAAGUCCCGCUUUUGGUAUUUCUUGAUGAAGCUCAAGAAGGUCAAGAAGUCGAACGGCGAGAUCGUCAGCUUGAACAAGAUCCACGAGAAGCACCCCCUGAAGGUCAAGAACUUCGGUGUCUGGAUCCGAUACGACUCUCGCUCCGGUACCCACAACAUGUACAAGGAGUACCGUGAGAUGUCGCGAACCGACGCCGUCGAGGCAAUGUACCAGGACAUGGCUGCCCGUCACCGAUCUCGAUUCAGAUCGAUCCACAUCCUCCGCGUCGUCGAACUCGAGAAGGCCGAUGACGUCAAGCGCCCCUACAUUAAGCAACUCAUCACCAAGAACCUCGCCUUCCCUCUGCCUCACCGUAUUCCCAAGAUUAGCACCAAGAAGAUCUUCAGCGCCAACCGACCAUCCACGUUCGCAUAA